AUGGCCAAUAUUUUGUUAAUUUUAUUUCUAAAUAUCGUUAGCGCUAAAACAAGUUGCUUUCACAGAUACCUGGAGGAGAAAGUAGAUUUUUGUUCGUGCGACCAUCCUAUUGAGGCCACGAGCUUGUCCGCGUUCUCGUUUAUGGAAGCCGUCUUGCUGUGUUCAAUGAGAUGUUCACAAAUAGCCGGCUGUGUGGUUUACAACUUCUUCAUUGCUACUAACCAGUGCCAGCUCUUCAAUCAAACCUUGAACAAGUUCUCUGUCUUGCCCGGUUGCAUAAAUUAUUUUAAAAAUGAUGGAGAGAAUCCUCCAAUCAUUCGACCAUUGACGAUCACUGUGGACAACGAACUCUGGGAGUUUUACCUAAACGGAAACAACGUAUCUGUGGCAAAACAUUUUCCAAAUGCAAGAUUCUGGAGCAUUCCUGACACAUACAAUUUGACUGGCGGAAUUCAAGUCAUUGCGCUCAAGACCUACAACUAUCAAGGAGAUGGAGGUUUCAUAGCCAGUACGUCGGACAGCUACAUCCUGACCAACGCGACUUGGAAGUGCAGUCUGAACUAUUACGAUGGUUGGUACAAAAUCUAUUACAACGAUUCCUUCUGGCCUGCAGCGAAAAACGCAAUAUGGCCAACGUCAACGAACUAUUAUCCUCCUCUAUCGAAAGCAGCUAAAUGGAUUGUCGACUCCACAGACUGCAAGAACUGCGUCCUUUACUGCAGAAAAAAUGUUAUCGGUAAAUUUCAGAAUAUUUGUAAUAAUUUUCGCUACAGGAUAUUAUUCAAAAUAAGGUUAUUUUUUGUUUCAGAGUACGUUGAACCGAACGGCUGCCUGUAG